CGACGUCACACAAGACUGAGCAGAGCUACAAACAAUGUGGAUGGAGCAGCGCGAUCCUGGCAAAGAGAACAGCUCAUUUAUAGAUCGCUUGUAGAGUCACAUACAAAUCCAGCCAACAGUUUGUUGACAGCCGUGUGUCACGGGAUUGUGACGGGACACUUUUGGUCAACUUCCAGCUCUCGGUUGACAAAAGUAAACACUUGAAAGGGACACGCAACAUAAACGCGCAUGGAGAACAUCUACCAAUCUGACGUCUGACAGACGGACUGAACUGUUAAGGAAUUCAACAAUUGACAAAUAUCAGUAGAGGAUGGCAAUCACUAAGGAUGCCAACGAGAGCACCCCUCUUAUAGACUCUGGUUCUGGCAAUGUGAGAGCGUCACCCCCAUCUGUUUUCCGGGGAAGAAGACUAGCAUGUGCCGCUGUCCUGCUGGCUGAAUCCUUGGAAAGGAUUGCAUUCUAUGGCAUCACAUCCAAUCUUGUUCUCUUUUUAAAUAGCAGCCCAUUUUUUUGGGAGGGCACCCAAGCCAGCCAGGCUCCUCUGAUGUUCAUGGGGGUGACUUACCUGAUAUCCCCAUUUGGAGGCUGGUUGGCGGAUGCAUAUCUUGGGAAGUUUUGGACCAUUGCCUCAAGUCUGAUUCUAUACUUUAUCGGUAUUCUAUUUUUCCCAUUCAUUUCAAAUGAUGACACCCGGAUAAAUAUAUGCGGAGAAGAGGCAGCGUUUCCUGUGCAGCCUGCUGAAUGUCUGAGCACAAACAGUACCCUUCCAAGCAACAUCACUUGCCCCAUCCGUGCAGCUUAUUGUGGCCCUGUAGUCUACAGUGGACUUUUUUUAAUUGCACUGGGUGUGGGGACUGUCAAGUCAAACAUCACUCCAUUUGGGGCAGACCAGGUCAAAGAUAGAGGACCAGAGGCCACGCGCAGAUUCUUCAACUGGUUCUACUGGUGCAUCAAUUUGGGAGCCAUUCUGUCACUGGGAGGUGUGGCCUACAUCCAGCAGAAUGUCAGCUUUGAGCUUGGCUACAUCAUUCCCACUGUGUGUCUUGGGAUUUCCUUCCUUGUUUUCCUCCUGGGUCGCACCGUCUUCAUCACCAAGCCGGCUGAUGGCAGUGCGUUCACGGAUAUGUUCAAGAUAGUCAGCUUUGCAUGUUGCUCUUCAAAGCCUAUGGAGCCUGACUUACUUCGAAACAAUAAACCAACGCUCUUGGAUGGUGCCAAAGUGACAUACGGAGGAAAAUUUGCAGAAGAAAAAGUGGAGGAAGUGAAAUCGCUGGUGAAAGUGCUACCUGUUUUUUUAGCCCUUAUUCCAUACUGGAUGGUGUAUUUUCAGAUGCAGACAACGUACAUUUUGCAAGGGCUCCAUUUGAAAAUUCCAGAUGCUGCCUUGAACAGCACUACUGACUCCAAGAUGACGUUCCACUUCCCUGCAGCCUGGCUCACCAUGUUUGAUGCCGUGCUCAUCCUCUUGCUGAUUCCUCUUAAGGACAAAGUGGUAGACCCUAUUCUGAAGCGGCGUGGCCUGUUGCCCUCUUCUCUGAAGAGGAUUGCAGUGGGGAUGUUCUUUGUCAUGUGGUCGGCCGUGGCAGCGGGUAUUUUGGAAACCAAACGCCUGGAGAUCAUUAGAACAAAUGGUCCAAUUGACCAGGUGCUUGGAAACGUUGUCUACUAUGCCGCAGAUUUACCCAUUUGGUGGCAAGUGCCUCAGUACGUGCUGAUAGGAAUCAGCGAAAUAUUUGCCAGCAUUGCAGGACUGGAGUUUGCUUACUCUGCUGCCCCCAAAUCGAUGCAGAGCGCUAUCAUGGGGCUCUUCUUCUUUUUCUCUGGGAUUGGUUCCUUCGUUGGUUCUGGUUUGUUGGCUAUUGUGUCCCUCAAGGCGAUUGGCUGGAUGUCAUCUCACAAAGAUUUUGGAAACAUCAACGACUGCUCGCUCCACUACUACUUCUUUCUCCUGGCGGGGAUUCAGGGCGUCACCCUCCUCAUCUUCCUUAUCGUCUCUGUCAAGUAUGACAAGCAGAGGGGCAGGGCAGGAAGCCAAAGGCAAAGACACAUGUCAUCAUGACCCUGACGUGACCUAUAUUACCUGCCUGUUUCCUGUCGAGCCACUCAAAAAGAAGUCUUGUAAAUAGGUACUUAUUAAUCCAAGCAAAAAGUUCUGCGCUCGCUCAAAUUAUUGAGGGUUCUGUUUUUCUCUUUGAAUGAUUUUAUAAGACUGCGUGGCUGGAAAAUGGACAUAAUGCAGGAUGUCCAUCAUGUCUGUUUACUCUGUUGUCUACAUUUGCACUCGACCUGCGAUGGUGCUAGAAGGUAUCUAUAUGUUUUUAUUCUAUCUUUCAUCUGUUUUUCUAACCACUUCUAUUGCCAACCGUGAAACAGCAGGUUUUAGUCCAAUUUGGAUGAUUUAUUAUAAACAUACAUCCAUUUGGAGGUGUGCUAAAUGUACUGUAUUAUUUCUUAAAGGGGAACAUUAUCACAAUUUCAGAAUGGUUAAAACCAUUAAAAAUCAGUUCCCAGUGGCUUAUUAUAUUUUUCGACGUUUUUUUCAAAAUUUUACCCAUCACGCAAUAUCCCUCAAAAAAGCUUCAAAGUGCCUGAUUUUAACCACCCGUCCAUUUUCCUGUGACGUCACAUAGUGAAGCCAACACAAACAAACAUGGCGGAAAGAACAGCAAGCUAUAGCGACAUUAGCUCGGAUUCAGACUCGGAUUUCAGCGGCUUAAGCGAUUCAACAGAUUACGCAUGUAUUGAAACGGAUGGUUGUAGUGUGGAGGCAGGUAGCGAAAACGAAAUUGAAGAAGAAACUGAAGCUAUUGAGCCAUAUCGGUUUGAACCGUAUGCAAGCGAAACCGACGAAAACGACACGACAGCCAGCGACACGGGAGAAAGCGAGGACGAAUUCGCCGAUCGCCUUCUAACCAACGAUUGGUAUGUGUUUGUUUGGCAUUAAAGGAAACUAACAACUAUGAACUAGGUUUACAGCAUAUGAAAUACAUUUGGCAACAACAUGCACUUUGAGAUUGCAGACAGCCCAAUUUUCAUCAAUUCAUAUAUUCUGUAGACAUACCCUCAUCCGCGCUCUUUUCCUGAAAGCUGAUCUGUCCAGUUUUGGAGUUGAUGUCAGCAGGCCAGGGAAGCUAGGGUCGAUAGGGGGUUUAGCUCGCUCGUCUGCGGGAACAAACUGCCGCCAUUGCUUGCCGUGCUACCGGGGUCCUUUGUCCCUGAAUUGCUCACACACUCCGGCAGAUUCAAUGGGGGUCUGGCGGCAGAUUUCUUUGACUUUAUCGUUGAAAAUGCAUCUGCUUUGAGUGUCGCAGGAUAUCCACACAUUCUUGCCAUCUCUGUCGUAGCAUAGCUUUCGUCGGUAAAGUGUGCGGAACAAACGUCCAAUUUCUUGCGACUUUCGCAUCUUUGGGCCACUGGUGCAACUUGAAUCCGUCCCUGUUCGUAUUGUUACACCCUCCGACAACACAUCGACGAGGCAUGAUGUCUCCAAGGUACGGAAAACAGUCGAAAAAGCGGAAAAUAACAGAGCUGAUUUGACUCGGUGUUUGAGAAAAUAGCGGAUUGCUUCCCGAUGUGACGUCACAACUCUGAGAGCGAAUAUUAGAAAGGCGUUUCAUUCACCAAAAUUCACCCAUUUAGAGUUCGGAAAUCGGUUAAAAAAUAUAUAUGGUCUUUUUUCUGCAACAUCAAGGUAUAUAUUGACGCUUACAUAGGUCUGGUGAUAAUGUUCCCCUUUAACCACAGUUACUUUUGAAGGGCUAUCGGAGACAUCAACAGUAUAUUGGCCUUAAAAUGUGAUACUUUUUUUUUUUACACUGUACUAUGCUGUAUAGUACUGUAGUGUAUUUUAAUCUCAAUAAGGAGAGACUGAGGGCAACAACCUACACUCCAAUGACAAAUGGUUGAACUGACUAGAAUCUCUUAGAAAUCACCUAUGGUGGUGAAUUGCAAUAAUAUGUUCAUUAUGAAAAUGAAAAGUGUGUACUUAUUAAUAAAUUUCAAGAUUUUAAGUCAGACAAAUAAAAAUUCUGGGCAUUUUGCGCUUUAAAGUAAUUAACUUUUUUAUUAGCUGUAAGCACGAUCGUCAAAAUAAUUAAGAAGUACAUCUUUAAAUAAAAUAAAAUAACGAGUUAACUUCUGUGAUUAAUCACAGCAUUGCAUUAAUCAUUUAUACACGUAAAUUCACCACGCAAUUUAUUAUGACCGCAAAUGCUCCUUUAACUUACACGCAAAUUUUAUAUUUAAAAAAUAUGUUUUAAAUCAAAUUAAUCACACCUUUUUUAAAUUUUGAUUAAUCCCACCAAAUUACUGUCAUGUAUAAUUUAAAUCAACUUUAAAAAAGGACCCCAAUGUUUUGACACCGACCCAAUUUCUUUCUCAGGAUGUGACUUGCGAACAUUUUUAAAAUGUUUUACCCAAAUGCAGUUUUAUCUAAAGUUCCACGGAGUCACCUCACUCAUAUUUGCACUGACUGAAAUAUGCAUCAACUUGAUCACUGACUUUAUAGCAGAGGGGUCAAAGGUGCGGCCCGGGGGCCGGAUCAGGCCCGCGAAAACAGGUUUUAUCCGGCCCGCGGGAUGAGUUUGCUAAGUAUAAGAAUUAACCUGAAAUUUUUGAAUGAAAGAAACUGCUGUUCUAAAUGUGUCCACUGGAUGUCGCAAUAGCAAUUUGUUGUAUCUUUGUAGAUGAUGUUACAUAUGUACAAAAUAAACAACAUGUUUGUACAUUGGUCGAGGAAAACGAUCAAACUACAUAGAAAAACAUACUGUAAUUUGAUUUUGAUAUAAUUUGUUUAUUCUUGAUAGAUUGAAAAUUAACACCAAUAAGAUGAUGCUACAUAUGUACAAAAUAAACAUGUUAGUACAUCGAUCAAGGAAAAUGAUCAAACUACAUAAAAACAUACUGUAAUUUGAUUUUGAUAUAAUGUUUAUUCUUGAUAGAUUGAAAAUUAACACCAAUAAGAUGAUGCUGCAUAUGUACAAAAUAAACAACAUGUUAGUACAUCGGUCGAGGAAAAUGAUCAAACUACAUAAAAAACAUACUGUAAUUUGAUUUUGAUAUACUUUGUUUAUUCUUGAUAGAUUGAAAAUUAACACCAAUAAGAUGAUGCUACAUAUGUACAAAAUAAACAACAUGUUAGUACAUCGGUCGAGGAAAAUGAUCAAACUACAUAAAAAACAUACUGUAAUUUGUUUAUUCUUGAUAGAUUGAAAAUUAACACCAAUAAGUUGACUGAUGAACAUUAUCACAUAAUUUAUUUAGACAGUAUAACGACAAAUAAAGAUAGAAUACUAUUAACCACAACAUGUAAGUGUGAAAAAAACAAAAAACAUGGUUUGUACAAUUUCAGAAUGUGCUUGUUCUAUUUUUAAACUAAGAAAACAAUCUGAAUUUGUCUUUAUUUUUAAGUUAUCGUGCCGUUAUUUUACCAGUCCGGCCCACUUGGGAGGAGAUUUUUCUCCAUGUGGCCCCUGAUCUUAAAUGAGUUUGACACCACUGCUUUAUAGCAACCCGCAUCACUGUUCAGGAAACAAUUCACAGUUCGGGUAAAGGAGCAUGUGCGGUCAAAAUAAAUUGCGUGAUUAACCUUAAUUAAAGCAAUCAUUUUUGUGAUUAAUCAUGUUAAAUUUGACAGCCCUAAUAUUUAUACACACACAUUUAAAUUAUUCAGCCAUGUUACAAAUCAGCUCUUCCACAAAUCCAAUAGAUGAUAUAUUGUGUAGUUUUAUUUAUUAGACAGCUGUGCUCUGUUUACUGUAUUUGUGUAUUUGUAAGAGAAUCUGCCUUUGUGUGAUUCUUCCAGUUGCCUAAUAAAAUAAUUACAUGUAGAAGUGCCUUUGAGAGCUCACAUCAGUGUUUACUUUGCCUUAUUAAUCAGUUACAGUUGUAAAACUGUAUGUGUUGACUUUUGGGCUGAACUUGUUCAACAAAUGUGUUUUGUUUCAAUGCAUUUUCUGUGAUUGACGUUUUUAUGGGAAAUCCUUUUAGAACCACUUAAAGUCUUUGGC